GAUCCAGAACUGAUUGGAGCCUACUGGCCUCCUACAGUAAGUCCCAUACCCCUGUUCAGCAAUUCUAUCUGGCAUAACUAGCCUUGGAGCAGCUACCACCAAUUUUUCAAUUCUCGUCCAUCAACAUGGCUCCACCCAAGCCUUCUCUGACAUCUCAGGCAAGGGCAGCAGAGCUGAAUGCAGCUACAGCAGCUCGCGCUCGAAGUAUGGGAGGCGAAUUGGGCGAUUUCAGUGAAUUACCAUCAUCUCAACCGAUUUCUCUUGGAGAUAUUACAAUGCGCAACCACUCUCGCAACAAAGGUUCCAAAUCCUGGAAGCCCUUUCCGCAGGAGAAUAUGCCAAACCAUCUCAAUGGGCCUGCUGAAGCACUCAGACGUCCACAGCGUCCAGUUGAUCGCUACUACCCGCCAAUGGUUCCUCCAGCUACAUAUCCUCAUAUGCCGCCUCCUCUCCACAUGAACCCACAAAUGCCCUACUACGGUCAGCCUGCGUAUCCAGCCCCAGAUUUCCAGUAUCCCAUGUACCAAGGAAUGUACUACUACCAGCAGAUGUACCCUGGUCAGAUAGGCUAUUACCAGCCUGGCCCUGCUCAAACUCCGAUUCCAGCACCUGCUCUAGCAAAUCUUCCAGUGCCUGCUCCAGUACCUGCUUUAGCACCUGCCCCAGCACCUGUCCCAACCCCUACUACGACACCAGUCAUUCUCACGAACAAGCCAGCAGUAUCUAAUCCUGAAUUUGCCGUGGACCCUAUGAAGCGGCAAGAGACUCCUGUUAAUUGCUUUGUACCGCAAGACAUGAGCCCUACUAAGCAGGAGGAGGACAUGAUACGCUCAAAAUUCGCCGCUUACGAACGCGGUAAUGACAAGCCACAGGAAAAGGCCCGCGGCCAGACACACGCCAGCCCGGACGAUACACCGGCUGCAAACCCCUCUACAAGAGAACACCUCUAAAGACAAAGACCCGAUCUCUCAAUCUAAAGCUGCAGACUCAUGCCAGGUUUCAUCGACACAGGCGGGCCUUUUGGAACACUCAAGUCAACAAGAGGAUGCGACUGGGGAAACAGCUGGGCUAGGUAUAUUCUUUAAUGAGGGCUGUGAGCCUCGUUCCGUGAUAGAAUUGGUCAGAGAUAAUCAUGACGACUUUGUUUAUGUCGAGGAAUAUUCUCAAGACGUCCAGACCACCGAGAAGUUACUAUUUCCAGGGCAUAUGGACAUAUCAGGUACACAAUUUGAGACAGAUAGGACUUUGAGUAAUUCGAAGAGGAGUUCGUUCGUUGUUGAAAAAUCUAAUUGUGAUCUCGAGAAUCCCUUCAUUGCAGAGCACCAACCUAGUGGUCUGCAGUUGCCAUUCCAGCCACACAGUCACUCAC